UCUUUUAGACUCCACUGUAACAGUCGUGCUUUCCAACUGCACAACACACAAAUAUACUAUCUUCAUACUCUCAUCAUGAUCGUCGUCGAGUGACCGGGCCGGUGCAAAACGUAAACAUCGUCGGAUAAUAAAGCCAUAACCCAGGAUGCGGUCUAGUCCUUAGACGGCCAAUAUUCGGGCCCACUAUCAUCAAGCCAAGCGGAAAAUUUUGCGCACGCCUUCCUGGUCCGAGGUAAGGCCUGGCCACCUGCAUCGCUUAUCAGAUGCAAUAAAGGUUGGUACUGUACCUGUACAUCUGAUAAUCAUCCGCUUUAUCAGAUCCACUGCGAUCAUCUGGUACGACGUAGCUAAACAUGGGUGUCCUAGGGUCUUCCAAGUCAAGUAAUGGUGAUGCUAGCAAAGCCAUGGAAAAGAAGCUUAUCAUAAAGCUUGGUAUCUUUAUCAUGGUCUAUUGCUGCGCGUGCUACUUCUUCAACUACCUCGAUCGUCAGGCAUUUGCAAAUGCAUACGUCGCUGGUCUACGGGAAGACCUUAGCCUUAAGAAAAACGAGUACAGCAUUUUGCUGUCCAUGUAUACCAGCGGUCUAGUCGUUGGCGCGAUUCCACACAGUCUCAUCAUCCAGAAAAUUCGUCCUAGCAUAUGGCUUCCGCUCACCUUGAUACUCUGGUCCGGUCUUACCAUGUGUUCUGCAGCAUGCAAGAACUAUCCACAACUGUGUGCAGUCCGUUUUUUCCAGGGAUUGAUGGAAGCCAGCCUUUACAGCGGCACCAUGUACGUCAUGGGAUCAUGGUACAAACCAUCCGAGAUUGCGAAACGAGUAGCCAUUUUUACUGCGAUAGGACAAGCGGGAAGUAUGUUUGCAGGCCUCAUGAUGACGGCCAUGCACAAGACCAUGAAUGGUACUGCAGGCUUGAAAGGCUGGCAAUGGGUUUUUAUAAUUGAUGGCCUCAUGGGAAUCCCAUUCGGACUAUUUGGCUUUUUCACAUUUCCUGAUCUUCCAGCAACGGCCAAAGUAUUCUAUCUCAGUGAAGAGGAAAAGCAAUUUGCGGCAUCUCGUCUACCACCCAAGAAAGCCAACACACACAGCAUCAACCCGAAGAGCCUUAUGAAGCGCGUUCUCGGAACGCCUCACAUAUACAUCUUGACAUGGUUCGCCGUCACUUCCGGCAUGCUCGAAGCUUUCGCCUUCCAGGGCAUGUUUCUUCUCUGGCUCAAGUACCAUGCCAAACGUUUCUCGCAGACAGCUAUCAACACCUACCCCCUGGGCACCCAAGCUGUAGCCAUUGUCUCCCAAGUCACCGCCGGCUUCAUCAUUGACCGCACCGGCCAACGCCUUCCCAUGGUCAUAGCCGGAGCCCUCUUGCAACUCGUCACCGCCGCUUUGCUCCUCGUGCGUAACCUCUCCGAUGCAGGCAUCUUCACUGCGUUCUACCUCAGCGGCACCAGCUUCGUCGUCAACCCCAUCAUGUUCAGCUGGGCAAAUGAAAUUUGCUCGCGGAGCGGCGACGAUGCUGCGAGGAGCGUGGUGCUGUAUGUCAUGAGCAUGGGAGGUCAGCUGCUAUACACUUGGUGGGGUAUUGUCUUGUAUCCUGCUACAGACGUCCCGUACUGGAAGAAAGGCAGUAUCACGAUGAUUGUGGUGUGCGGUGUGUUUAUAGGAACUGCUUUCAUCGUUAGAUGGCUUGACAGGAACACUGCUGUGGUUACCGACGAUGAGACAGUCGCAUCUAGUGAUGGUGCGUCAGCAACUGCAAUUGGAGAGACGCCGAAAUCUGGCUAAGUCGCAAUGCUUUUAUUUGAGUCGGAGAAUGGGAACCUGCAAAUGAUGUAUACAUGAUCUGCACGCAUCUUAUGAUAAUAUAUGUUAUGGUAUCGCUCUAAUGGUUUAUAUCUGUUCUACUUGAGUGUAUCAGAUUGUUGUUUUGCGAAAAGAAAAUUGCAGCUGUGUUGUGAUAUACCAUUUUGUUGUUUUCUACUUUGUAAUUCCCUCGUGGACCUGCUACUUGACAAAGAUACAAGCCAAAGGGUG